UGCAAAUCGACACCGUUUAAUGUCACUUUUUCCCGCAAUAAUUGUUUAGUUUGUUUACGUUUCUAUGAUUUCCGAUCGGCCGAGAUAUUAAGGGAGAAAAGGGAUCGAUACCAUUGAUUGCCUUUCUCGUAGUGCUAAAUGAUGUUUAGGGACAUUUAACUCGUGCGACCAGAAAUCAUUGAAGCGAGAGAAAAAUUUAUCAACGACACGGCCACCCUGGGUUGUGCUGAGUGUUCCAUCACAACCUGUCAUCCACAGAAAUUCUGAUUCCACCAGAAUACCUGCGACCGGUCUUUUAUGGAUUUUUAUUAACUCUAUCCCCAAUUCUUAAUAUAGACAUAGAAAUCUUUUUAUCUACAAUAUCUGUAGCACUUGAAGAUAUCCUUCCCAAUGAGCAACAACCAUUCUAAGGAUUAUAUAAAGAAAAAAUAUUUACUUUGUAUGUUUCCUGCAUGUGUAAACAAAGUCCCAUGAUUUGGAUAUCGUAAGAAACGAAACCACAACAGAUUAUAACCACAAACAUUGUUUUUUAAGAAUUUCUCUGGAGUUAAUAUGGAGGAUGGUAAUCUGUCAGACACUUCUAACACAGAUAUUUCUGACAAUUUAGAAUCGGUUAAACAGAUAUCCAGUGCUGAGGAAUCGUUAUCACAUGGUAAGAAGCUGUUGGAGAGAAAUAUUAAUUGCGAAGUUGAUGGUGAAUCUUUUGUAAAUUCCAGUAAUUUAAACAGACACACGGGGAAAAAACCAUUUCAAUGUGAGAUUUGUGGAAAAUUGUUGCAUUAUAAAUAUCAGCUUGCUAUCCACAGACGUAGCCACACGGGGGAGAAACCCUUUCACUGCGAUAUAUGUGGAAAAACAUUCAUUGUUAAAAGUUCUUUAAAUGCUCACAAAAAAUUACACUCUAGAAAAAAAAAUUUCCACUGUAAAAUAUGUGGAAAGUCUUAUAUUCAGAACUGUCUACUCAUUUACCAUAUCCGCACUCACACUGGAGAAAGGCCAUUCCAUUGCGAAAUAUGUGGAAAAUAUUUCUUCACAAACAGUCAUCUAAAAGGGCACAAAAAGAUUCAUUCUGGGAAAAAGGAAUUUAAAUGUGAAAUCUGUGGAAAGUCUUAUUCUCAGAACUAUCGACUUGUUUACCAUAUCCGUACUCACACUGGAGAAAAACCAUUCCACUGUGAAAUUUGUGGAAAGUCUUAUUCUCAGAACUCUCAACUUGUUAACCAUAUCCGUACUCACACUGGAGAAAAACCAUUCCACUGUGAAAUUUGUGGAAAGUCUUAUUCUCAGAACUAUCAACUUGUUAGCCAUAUCCGUACUCACACUGGAGAAAAACCAUUCCACUGUGAAAUUUGUGGAAAGUCUUAUUCUCAGAACUCUCAACUUGUUAACCAUAUCCGUACUCACACUGGAGAAAAACCAUUCCACUGUGAAAUUUGUGGGAAAUGUUUUUUGAAUAAUGGUGGACUUGUUACCCACAAAAGGGUCCACACAGGUGAAAAACCUUUUUCUUGUGAUCUGUGUGGGAAAUCUUACUCCGGUAGUUCUAAUUUAAAAAAACAUAAACUCCGACAUAUUGGUAAAAAAGAAUUCCAUUGUGAAACUUGUGGGAAAUCUUAUUUUAAUAAUGGUGAUUUAAAAACGCACAAAAUAGUCCAUGAUGGAGAAAAACAAUUCCACUGUGAAAUUUGUGGGAAAGGUUUUGUGAGAAAUGUUGGACUUGUUGCCCACAAAAGGGUCCACACAGGUGAAAAACCUUUUUCUUGUGAUCUGUGUGGGAAAUCUUACAUCUCUGGAAGUAAUUUAAAAAGACACAAACUCCAACACAUCGGGGAAAAAGAAUUCCAUUGUGACACAUGUGGUAAAUCUUAUUUUGAUAACAGUGAAUUGAAAAGGCAUCGGAGGAAACAUGUUGGAGAAAAAACAUUUCACUGUGAAAUCUGUGGGAAAUCUUUCUUUGAUAAUUGUAACCUUAUUGCUCACAUCCGUACUCACACCGGAGAAAAGCCUUAUCAUUGUGAAAUGUGUGAGAAAUCCUUUGUCUCUAGAGGACUCUUGAAUACACACAGACGAAAACAUACUGGGGAAAAGCCUUAUCAUUGUGACAUCUGUGGAAAAUCAUUUUUGUGGAAAAUUACAUUGACUAGACACAAACACAGUGUAGAGAAGACUUUGAAUAAUGAGUGACCUGAGAAAUCCUUCUCUUGUAAAUGUCAACUAAGUUUACACAUAAGCGUAUGCUGAAUAGUUCCUGGCUUCAAGGGUAUCACCAAAGGCCCAACUUUAGAAGUUCUUUUACAGGGCUUAGAAAAACUGAAGGACCACUGCAAUAAUUGUGUUUGAAUCUGAGAGAGGAAUAUGUACAAUAAAAUCGUAAUUAACCUAUCUUGUAUUUUCUUUUACCCAGAGCCAGGAACUUUUUAGCAACCCCUCAUAUAUAUAUAUAUCUAUAUAUAUAUAUAUGUAUAUUGGGGUACAUUUUUUCUCUGGUGAAAUAUGUUGGAAAUCAUUUUCUUUGAGUCCUCAACAUUCAGGCUAAAAAUCUGCUCUUAUUUGAGAGAAACUGUUUUAGAAAAGCAUUUGGAAAUUAUAAAUAUGUGAAUACAGACUGGAGAAAAUAAAAUUAUU